CCUUAUUGAUGCUGGAAACAGUUCCCAUGCAAUAUUGUCGCCAUUGUUUAAUGAAGGUCUCUACCCUGAUCUAACUGAGUGUGUAUGGCGAGUCACGACGAAGCCACCAGCCAAUAUCCAGCUCAACGUUCACUCCUUCAGUUUGGAGGAGCAUUUUGACUUUUUGUUUAUCGGGAUCGGCCACGACAUCCAAGGCGAAAAGGUGGCUAUCCUAACCGGGACAACUAAAAUAUCGACCAUUUUGGUUCAGACCAACCACAUUUGGCUACAUUUGUCAACAGACUACAUCAUUGGUGAUACAGGAUUCAACAUUACCGUAAAAGCAGCCGACAAGCACGCUGAGGAUGAAUGUUCUUCCUGCCACCUACAUUCCUGUGCCACAGCAUGCCUCCAGUCACCUGCCUACUGCGAUGGCGUUGUAGAUUGCACUGAAAAAGAGGACGAACAAAAUUGCGUGAAUGUAACUUGCGGAGCGAACCAAUUCCUGUGUCCGCGGACGAAGCAAUGCGUGCCGCAUGAGAUGUUAUGCGAUGGAAAGGCAGACUGUAUUCAGUUUGGUGAUGAUGAAGAUAACUGUGAUAUCCAUGGUCGCCCAGAUGGUUGUGAAAGCUUCAUGGUGAAAGAAAUACUUGGUGUGAAGUGCAAACAGGGCUGGAAUACUACCACCAUCCAUCAACUAGUUAAGAGGACUUAUUCUCUAGAGCUGUCUGGCGCGAACGUGGGCACCCUAGGGGAAGGACUGUUUAGAAGACUCAUCCUGCUACGCUCGCUGUCUUUACGAAAUAACAACAUAUCGCAGAUCAAGCUCGGUGCGUUUAGUGGAUUGGGGAACCUUACAGCUCUAGAUCUGUCAGAGAACAAUAUCGAGGAGAUGCAUGGGGGAAUCUUCAGCGAACUAAAAACGCUUCUAGCAUUGGCAAUAAGAUCAGUGCCAGUUCAGUACGUCAGAGCGAAUGCAUUUGCCGGCUUGACACAUCUCCAGAAACUUGUGCUCAUGCGCGGAAAUGGUACAGUCAGUGCUUUAUCGUCUUCUCAGUACGAUUGGCCAAUUGAAUUUGAAGACCAAGCUUUGGAGGACUUAACUUCAUUACACACAGUUUAUGUUGACGACCACCGCCUCUGCUGCGACUUCAGGUCUGUACUGCCAAGUGACGACCAGUGCAUCAGUAUUCGGUUCCAGUCACCGCUAUUCAACUGCGGCCGGCUGAUGCCGAAGACCGUGCUUCAGGUUUUCAUGUGGAUCCUAGGCUGUAGCGCCCUCCUUGGCAACAUGUUGGUCAUUGUCUGGCGGAUGCGAGAGGACAGUGGUAAGGGCAGCAAAUACGUGCACUCGUUUCUGGUCCUAAACCUGGCUAUGUCUGAUUUCCUGAUGGGAGUGUACAUGGUGAUCAUUGCUACUGUCGACGCCAUCGAGAAAGAAAAGUACUACCUGACAGCCACGCAGUGGAGGAACAGCGCCCUUUGUAAGGCAGCAGGGGUCAUCUCUGUCCUUUCCUCAGAAGCUUCGGUUUUCUUCAUCACUUUGAUCAGUGUAGAUCGCUACCUGUGCAUCGUGCAUCCGUUUAGCCGAGUCCGGCUUCAGGAGACGUCUGUCUGGGUGUCUGUAGCCUCCAUUUGGCUCGCGUCCCUGGUAGUAAGCCUGGUUCCAACCAUCUUGGCAACCAGUGAUUCGGAUAUCUACGGGCUAUCAGAUGUCUGCAUUGGGCUGCCGUUGCUCACUCGCCCCGUCGAUUACACUUUCACUAAGGAUGAUGUUGGAGGAUCGUUGGGCAAUGAUACCUACCUCAUCCCACAACCCGUUGGUAGUAGACCUACUUGGUCCUAUUCAAUAGUGCUAUUUCUUGGUGUUAAUUUCAUGUGUUUCCUGGUCAUCACUGUCUCCUACAUUGCCAUCUUUGCCAAGGUCAAAAGGUCAGUCCGACGAGUCAAGCUGCGCUCACACAAGGCGGAAGAGAUCAAGAUGGCGUCCAAGAUGGCAGUCAUUGUAGGUUCAGACUGUCUGUGCUGGAUGCCCGUCAUCGUUCUUGGGAUCCUGUCCCAGACCAGCGUUAUUCAAAUCAAGCCUGAGGCCUACGCUUGGCUGGUGGUGUUCGUUCUGCCCAUCAACUCCUCACUGAACCCCUACCUGUACACCAUCGUCACGGCCAUCAGCCAAAGGCGCCAGGCACAUCAAUCAACUAAGAAAAGAUCCAAGGGUCCAGAAAAAACCUGCAGUCCCGACCUCCCAAUGGAAAUGAGAGGAGACUCAGGCUGUUGGACCAUCACCACGCCCAAUGCCACGCCCACUAACUCCAUCUAUCACGGACACCCUGACUAAUUGGUAUUUGCAGCAGCGAUCCUUGGUGGAGGGUCUCGAGCAUACGUACUUACCACCUCUGUCUCGACUACAUUUUAGGGUCAUUUGAUUAUACAGACCAUUCUUUAGAUUCCAUUCUUAACAUGCACGUACACCGUCCAAAGUUUCUCCAAAUGUCUUUGUGAAAUAAUUCAGUCUUUGACAUCUUAUUCUCUGUGGAAUUCGAAGUUUAUUUUCUGUUGUUAUUUACCCUAUCGUGCAUAAUACUGAUGACAGUUAUUUUGACUGCAUGUGGAACGUUCAUAAAUUUCGUAGGCGUAAUUUCUGGUAAAGGUUUAAUGUACCGUGCGAGAUGCAUGGUUUCCGAGCGAAAAUAGGCUGGGGCGAUAAUUCUGAUUUUCUUUUCCAGCAAAAAUAAUUGGGGCCACCUGUGCCGUUUGCUCGUGGUUAAAAAAAACGAUUUGAAAGGUCCAACGUGGCACCGCUUAGUAAUGAUCCAAAGUGUCCAGAUAUUAUAUUUUUGGAGCGUUUAACAAUGAUUCGAACCAUUUUUCGUGUGUUGAUCAGCCGAUGCAUUGACUCCUGAAACAUAACACGUCCGCGAUAAAGCUAAUAGUCUCGAACAUUGCUAACAAUCAUACUUGCUUGUGCUAUUUUCUGUUUUAAGAUGUACAAAGUUAACUGAAAAAUUAACGUCGUAUACCCAGCUGGACUGUAUUUAGACUACUGUUGAUUCUGAACUUUAUUUUUCAACAUGUGCAUGUCUGCUUAAAUAAAAAAAAAACUCUUCAUCCUUAAAUAUAUUUUGAAUAAUGAUUAUUCUGAAUGAAAUCUAUUCGUUUCAAUUAAUUCGUUAAUAUAUUCUCAAAGUGUAAAUACGUCGCAUGUCAACGUCAGAUUAGUUGUAGAAUUUUAGAAUCAUGCUUGCUAGCUUAAUACCUCCAAUAUACUGCUUCGAGCAAAUCAUGAAUUGAAUGCCGUCCAUUUACCUCUUACUGGAAAAACUAAGGGUACAGGCGUUGAUUGCAUCGACCUUGUCUGUGAAAAUUGGAGAAAUUGGGCCUGUCUGAACCCCCUAACAGCCAGAAGCGGAAUCUGAUCCAUUAAAAUCAUUGGCAGUUGAUAAGGUGAUGAGGUAGUCUCCGGAACAGAAUUAUCGAAUGGUUAGCCUUAAAGUGAAGACUCACAUAAUUUGGACUGUAAGAAAGACUAAUGCAAGUCUGCAUGACAGACUGGCCAUUGUGACCUUUAGAUCUGUCUUUACAAGUGUUGAUUAUAUGCAAUGCAUCUUAGUGAAACAAUGGAUAAUGCCGUCUAGGAAACUUGAUGUAACUUUGAUUUCCUCUGUAAAAAGUGCGGUGAGAAAAAUAAACUGAAAACUUGCA